AUGUUUCUGUCAUCUCAAGGGUGGAUUCGUGGUACCAUUGUCGGUGCCUAUCAGCUGGCCAUCACUAUUGGCUUGUUGGUGGCCGCCAUCGUCAACAAUGCAACCAAGGACCGCGAUAACACUGGUUCCUACCGAAUCCCUGUUGCUGUCCAGUUCGUAUGGGCUAUCAUUCUUGUCGCCGGCAUGCUGGUCCUUCCCGAAACCCCGCGGUUUUUGAUCAAACAAGACAAGCAUGAAGCCGCGGCUAAAUCUCUCGCACGUCUCCGUCGGAUCGACAUCGGUGAUCAGGCCAUUGUCGAGGAGCUCGCAGAGAUCCAGGCCAACCAUGACUAUGAAAUGAGCGUGGGCAAAGCAACCUACCUCGAGAUCUUCCGCGGGUCUAUUGGACGUCGACUGGCAACCGGUUGCGGUGUUCAGGCCCUUCAGCAACUAGCUGGUGUCAACUUUAUCUUCUACUAUGGCACCACCUUCUUCGAACACUCGGGCAUCAAGGAUGGUUUCAUCAUUACCUUGAUUACAAACAUUGUUAACGUAGUAUCGACCUUCCCCGGUCUCUACAUGGUUGAGAAGUGGGGUCGUCAGCCUCUUCUCAUGUUCGGAGCGGUCAGCAUGUGCGUCAGCCAACUCAUCGUCGCUAUCGUCGGCACCGCAACCUCCUCGGACGUAUCAAACAAGGUUCUCAUCGCCUUCCUCGUGGGGGCCUGUUGCCUGGGUGGUGACUGGCGAGCUCUAUUCUCUCAAAGCCCGUGCCAAAUGUCUCUCCAGUCCAAGGUUUUCUUCAUCUGGGGUGGUUUCUGCUUCAUCGCUGCUGUGUUUGUCUACACCUGCAUCUACGAAACCAAGGGCCUCAGUUUGGAGGAGGUUGACGAGCUUUACCACAAGGUCCCUGUGGCCUGGAAGUCCAAGGGCUUUGUGCCAUCGUCCAACUACGCGGAUAUGAUGGAUGCCUUACCCUGCCACAAUUGA